AUGGACGUGAAUACGUUAGGAUUCGUAAACCCGCGCUACUCAAGCGACACAUUUGCCGAUGACGUCACUACAUCUCGAUCGUCCAAGUUGAACCGGUCAAUGAAGACUAUUUUUGAUCAUUGUCUUCCUUGGAGGCGUAAGCGGGACAAGGAUGACAUGAAUGAAGGUCGUCACGGGUGGUACAAUACCUCGUACGAAUAUCCCAGGUCACGAAUUCCGGAACCGUAUCAUUCCACGGAGGAGACUGCGAGGAUGAUGGUGCACUUGAAUCAUGCCCAUAUUCAUGCCAUGAGAGAACUGAAUUGGAAGUACCACGAAAGCAAGGCCUUCAGAUCCUCGAUGAGUAACCCUGCUAUGAAUUGGCAAUUGAAGCCCAAGCGACCAUCCGUGCAAAACACUCCUCUGAAGCUGACGCGAGACCAGGAUGAGCCCAUGAAACGCACAUCUUCCCUUGAUUCUACAUUUGUGAACAGUGGUCAGUAUCAUCAAUUUCAUACGUUGAAAAUAGCCUCGUGUGAUGUGUGGUCUACCUCAACUUUCAAACGAUGUUCCCCUCCAGCUUUAACAAAGAGAAAUACGGAGUUCAACAGAAAUGUGCCGCCAUCGAGGAAAGGUGUGAUUGAGGGUCGCGGUGAAGGAAGCAGUACUUCCGAGCUUCCUUGGUACUCGAACUGGAAUCCCAAAGACACCCUGAGGGUACUCUGGUCAGCGCCCAAGUUCAAGGAAAGUUCUGAAGAUGGAGCCAGGGAUCAGAAAUCUAAACUUUUUUAA